CAUUCUCAAUUAGAAAAAGCAGCCAUCAAAAUUAGGGUUUCAAAUAAAAAGAACCCUUUCACUUCCACAUUUCCAAUCUCUCCGCAAACCCUAGCUGCUGCGACACAAACCUCUCUGUUUGCAGGUGUUCGCAGAACUCAAAAAUGGCCAAGUCGAAGAAUCACACUGCUCACAACCAGUCUUACAAGGCUCACAAGAAUGGAAUCAAGAAGCCUCGCCGUCAUCGUCACCAAUCCACCAAAGGGAUGGACCCAAAGUUCUUGAGGAACCAGAGGUACGCAAGGAAGCACAACAAGAAGAGCGAUGAGGUUGCUACUGAGGAAGAAUAGUUGUUUCGUUCAUUAUAUUAGGGAAGUUCUUUUUUUUUUUGCUGUUAAUGGAUAUUGCUUAGGGUUUUUUGUACCCAGAUUUAAAUCUAUCUAAAGUUUUGUUCUUGCGAUGAAAGAAGAAUUGCCUACUUUGGUUUUGUUAAUUUUAAUGGAGGAUUCAGACUAUAAUGUAUUUGCAAUUUAGUACGAUUAGUUAUUAUGAAUUACUCUUAUUGAGUAUUUUUCCACUCUA